UUGGUUCGAGUUGGGCACCACGCCUCUCCGCUCCAGUGCGCCGGGAAGGGGGGGGGUGCCAUCGCCGCCUCUGCUAUAAAUAUGCAAACUACCGUCCUCCUCCAGUGUAACGCAUGCUGUGGACGGGUGAAUAGGGCUGGUAAGACACAGUCGAAGCUGAUGCGCGCAGAGGCACCCGAUCGCCAAGCCGGCCAGAAGAUGAUCCCAGCUCGGAGUCCUCAGCCAUUUUGACUACACGUCUGGAGGUCGCGGUUUUGUUAGGCUGCCCUGCAACAAACUACACGCCGUGAGUAAACUGCUCGCAGAUCCGAGCCGGAGAGAGAUGCGUUUGCGAGGCGAAGCGUGAAGGGAGCCGGUUGACGCUUUACCGUCAUUUAAUCAGCGGACUGGAGAUCAUAUAAAGCGUUUAAAGUAUGGGGUAUUACCUAUUUGGGAUCUACCUGCUUCUUGUGCUGGUCAUUUUACAAAGAUCGAUUUGGACCGCAGCGAAGGAGAUAACUUGCCAAGAAAUAUCUGUGCCCCUGUGCAAAGGGAUCGGUUACAACUACACUUACAUGCCCAACCAGUUUAAUCACGACACGCAAGAUGAAGCCGGUCUGGAAGUGCACCAGUUCUGGCCUCUGGUGGAAAUCCAGUGCUCUCCGGACCUGAAGUUCUUCCUCUGUAGCAUGUAUACGCCGAUUUGUUUGGAGGACUACAAAAAGCCGCUGCCGCCUUGCAGAAGCGUGUGUGAACGAGCCCGGGCGGGGUGCGCGCCGCUCAUGAGGCAGUACGGCUUCCCCUGGCCGGACAGGAUGAGGUGCGACCUGCUGCCAGUUCAGGGCAAUCCGGACAAGUUGUGCAUGGACUACAACCGGAGCGAGAGCACCACGGCGUCGCCGGUCGCGUCGAAACCGACCAACUAUCCGGCGAGGCCGCUUAACCCCCGCAAAAACAAGCACGGACCAGGUCGCCCCGGAGAUAAGCUAAAGGGUCCGGUGUCAGUCUGCGAGCCGGGGUGCCAGUGCCGCGCGCCUAUGGUACCGGUGAGCAGCGAUCGCCACCCCCUUUACAGCCGGGUGAAGACGGGGGGGAUCCCCAACUGUGCAAUGCCUUGCCAAAACCCAUAUUUUACCCAGGAGGAGAGAACUUUCACUGCGUUCUGGAUAGGAUUGUGGUCGGUACUGUGCUUCAUUUCCACCUUCGCGACCGUCGCUACCUUCCUGAUCGACAUGGAGCGCUUCAAGUACCCGGAGAGACCCAUCAUCUUCCUGUCCGCUUGUUACAUGUUUGUGUCCGUCGGAUACAUCGUGCGGCUGAUUGCCGGCCACGACCGAGUGGCCUGCGACCGGGACGGUGACUUGGAGCACAUCCUCUACGAGAGCACCGGCCCCGCACUCUGCACCGUCGUCUUUCUGCUGAUCUAUUUCUUCGGAAUGGCCAGCUCGAUCUGGUGGGUUAUCCUGUCCCUCACUUGGUUCCUGGCCGCCGGCAUGAAGUGGGGCAACGAGGCCAUCGCCGGAUACUCCCAAUAUUUCCACCUCGCUGCCUGGCUCAUCCCGAGCAUGAAGUCCAUCGCUGUUCUGGCCCUGAGCUCAGUGGACGGGGACCCGGUGGCCGGUGUCUGUUAUGUAGGCAAUCAAAACUUGGAUAACUUAAGGGGCUUCGUCCUGGCGCCGCUGGUUAUAUAUUUAUUUAUCGGAACGAUGUUCCUGUUGGCAGGAUUUGUGUCUCUGUUUAGAAUCCGGAGCGUUAUUAAACAGGGAGGAACGAAAACGGACAAGCUGGAGAAGCUGAUGAUCCGGAUCGGGGUUUUCACGGUGCUUUACACCGUCCCGGCCACUGUUAUAGUUGCAUGUUACUUUUACGAGCAGCACAACCGCCUGAGCUGGGAGAUCAGCCACAACUGCUCCUGCCUGCCGGAGCAGAAGCCGCACUACGCUGUCUUCAUGCUCAAGUAUUUCAUGUGCCUGCUGGUGGGAAUCACGUCGGGGGCCUGGGUCUGGUCCGGGAAGACGGUGGAAUCCUGGCGCAGUUUCUGCACCGGCUGCUGCUGGGGGAGUAAAGGCGCCGGCGGCUCCAUGUACAGCGAUGUUAGUACGGGACUGACUUGGCGCUCGGGCACCGCCAGCUCCGUGUCCUUUCCCAAACAGAUGCCCUUAUCUCGGGUUUGACGAGAGCAACAGGCACAGACUUUCAAAACACAAAGUGUGUUUUAUUGCACCAAAAGUUUGGUGUCAUUUUUUUCUUGGAGGAUGCGCUAGAUUUUGGACAAAUGCGCACACUUAUUUACGCAGACGGUCUGACUGACUGCUCUCAACGUGAAAGAUUCAAGCCGGCCUUAAUGUCUUAUACGGGUUUAAUUCCAGAUGUAUUUAUACGGGUUAUGUAUAAAAUUUGUACAUUGUGUGAAUAUGGAAAAUAACUGUACAUUUGUAUAAACCUUUUGCUAAGAAAACAUUUUAUUUUGAGAAUAAAAGGCACACUAUGA